UCCAUCGGAGAUUGAAAGCUAUAUCGCUUUUUUGCUACAGGCCAAAUCUUUCGUCUAUCGCCAUCUCCCUCUUAUCCAGUUCAUAGAUUUUUUUGUUUUCUCUCCUUAUUCCGCCAUCAUGUCUGACGAUGAGCAACACAACCAGCAGUUCGAGCAGGCUAGCGCAGGUGCCUCGCUCACUUUCCCUAUGCAAUGUUCUGCGCUCCGUAAAAACGGUCACGUUGUCAUAAAAGGUCGUCCCUGCAAGAUCGUUGAGAUGUCCACCUCUAAGACCGGAAAACACGGUCACGCAAAGGUCCAUCUCGUCGGUGUCGACAUCUUCACUGACAAAAAGAUGGAAGAUAUUUCCCCUUCCACCCACAACAUGGACGUUCCCAACGUGACCCGUAAUGAGUACCACCUCGAUGAUGUCAAGCUUCCUGACGGCAAGCUUGGUGAUGAAAUCACAAGUGGCCUCGAGACCGCAGAAGUCGUCAUGGUCACGGUCACUGCCGCGAUGGGCGAGGAGCAAGUCACGUCUUUCAAGGUCACCAAUCAGUAGACGUACGUUUUUGCUUUGAUCAUAUGCUCUGUGGGCGAUUUUCACACAACUUGUUAUUAAGGUCUUUCGCUUCUGAUGACCGUACACGUCCUGUCGUUUUUCUGUCACGUCAGCUAUUCUUACUUUCAGUCAAUAUCCACGCAUGUACUUUUCAUCAAGGCAUUGUACUGAAUGUACAUCAGUAUGACUAGGUUCCUGUGUUGGAAUAAAGAAUUAUGUAUUUCAUGUUGUAGACAGGAGGCAUUUAUGGAGGAGAUCAUAGUCCCCCGUCGGUUCCGAGUCAUUUUUCAGUCGUUGCAGUGAAUACCCUCCAUAUAAGAGUUAGUAUCCCUACAGGCUUCCGUAGCAUAUUGGAAAGCCACCUGCUAAGCAGAAUGAAUGGCCACAAUAGUUCUUU